ACCUGAUAAUAUUUUAUUAUGAUUAUUGUUAAUAAAGAUUUUGCAGCUGUUCAAGGUUGGCUGCAGAUUUGAGGUCCUGUUGAAAUGCUUUAAUAAAUACCGACAAUCACACUUUAUUUAUAUUUGUGCACUUGCACUGUGGCAUAAUUUUAUAUUAGACGUGCGAAAGGACAAAAAUAUAUAUUUUAAAAGGCAAAACAAGCAUUUAAAAAUACGGUAUAGUAGCGCUUUAUAAGAUUCUUACAGGCGUACGAUGGGCCGACUUAUGACGGAGGGUACAUCACAGAAAGCAUGGCAGCCUAGCAGGCCAUGCUAAACACAACUACAAAUGUGAUGUGUCGAAUUUAGCUUCCACGCCGUCUAAUGUUAUCUGUUGUUAUUUAUUUAUUUGUUUAUUUAUUUAUUACCUCAGGGCAGGGCAGGACGGGGCAGCCUAUAGUCAGCGGGGAUGUGUCAUUUUGCUGCGUAAAGCCUGUUUCAUAAAGGGAGACUGAGCGUGUCUGUCUGCUCGGGCACUUCACUAUAUAGGACUCUUCCUUUAACACCGCCCGCCGCGCACAAAGGCGGAGGAGAGCACGGAGAGGCAGCUAAACGUUUGAAGACGCCAAGCAGAAAAGGUCAAAAUGUUUAUAUUAUUUUUGAAAAGGGUGGUGCUGAGUGCUCCUUUCCGCCUGAUUGGCUGAACUUGACAGUGAUUGACGUGCAUCCAUGGCAACCGGGCAGCCAAUCUGCCAAGUCCAAUAGGAAAUCAUCGGAGGGGGCUUGACUGUCUUUUUCUCUCCCCCCUCCUUAAAAAUACAUCUCAGCUCGGGCUUUAAUUCUUUCGUACAUUCAAUCCCAGCAUACCUUGAAAAAUAGACUACACCGCCGCAGUGGCUUUAAUUUUUCCCCUUGCACCUUCAGCCCUUUGCCUGCCAAGUUUGCCAAGCCCAGAGGAUGCGGUAGCCGGCCCCCACGCAGCAUUGUCCCUCCUCUGUGGCGCUUUUGGCGUGUGCGUUUUUUCACGGCUGGUCAGACGAUUGGUUUGAUAACUUUGGGAUUGCCUUGUUUUCUGGGUUGUCUUGGAUUGCCUCGGCGCACGGGAAGAAGAAGCAGAGGACUCGGCGCGGAGGAGAGAGAGAGAGAGAGAGAGAGGAGAAAGGAGGGGGAGAGGGAAACACGGGAGAAGCCUCCAUGUUUCAGUUGCCCAUCUUGAAUUUCAGCCCCCAGCAGGUCGCCGGGGUCUGCGAGACUCUGGAGGAGAGCGGGGAUGUCGAGCGCCUGGGCCGCUUCCUCUGGUCGCUGCCCGUCGCCCCAGCGGCCUGCGAGGUCCUCAACAAGAACGAGUCGGUGCUCAGGGCCCGGGCUGUCGUCGCGUUCCACACUGGCAAUUUCCGUGAACUCUACCAUAUCCUGGAGAACCACAAGUUCACCAAAGAGUCGCAUACGAAGCUGCAGGCGCUGUGGCUCGAAGCGCACUACCAGGAGGCUGAGAAGCUGCGGGGCCGCCCGCUGGGACCGGUGGACAAAUACAGGGUGCGGAAGAAGUUUCCCCUGCCCAGAACCAUCUGGGAUGGAGAGCAGAAAACCCACUGCUUCAAGGAGAGAACCCGGCACUUGUUAAGAGAGUGGUAUUUGCAGGAUCCCUAUCCAAAUCCCAGCAAAAAGAGGGAGCUUGCACAGGCUACUGGACUUACACCCACACAAGUAGGAAACUGGUUCAAAAAUCGCAGACAAAGAGACAGAGCGGCGGCCGCGAAGAACAGGCUCCAGCAGCAGGUCCUGUCCGGCGGCUCGGUUCGCUCCCUGGCGGACGAGGAUGGCACCGUGGACCGCCUGGGGAACUCCUCCAGUCCCGAGGCCAGUCUGUCCAGCAAAGCAGCCGCCUCGGCCAUCUCUAUCACCUCCAGCGACAGUGAAUGUGACAUCUGACGGGCAGAUCGAGGGUGUUAAUGAAUUAAAAGGGGAUACGAGUGAAAGACAAUCCAAUAAACAAGUCAUAGUGCCUGCGUUGAGAUAAAAAAAAAAGAACAUACACACAUAUACACAUACAUACACACACAAACUAAUAUUUGACGGCUGCCAAAACAUAAAGGGAUCUGUGAUCUGCUGCGGACUGCCCGUCCUUAUCCUUUUAGGCCUAUACUUUUGUUUGCGUUUUACCCACGUGCGGAUAACUGAACUUAACACUUGGACGAAACACAUUUCACGGACUAAUAAGCCAACGCUUCGAGAUGAAACGUUAAAAAAAGAAGAAGAAAAAAUAAGUAAAAGGAAAAAAAGGAAAAAGGGAUGAAGACAUCCACACGCGCCUAACCUGCUGUUCUCUGUGGGUAUUUCAUGUUGAAAAGAACUGUGAUAUUUUUACUUUAAAGUUUUAUAAAUAAUGUUUAUUUGCCUAUUUAAAACGAUCUGCUCUGUCUCUUCGAAUUUCAUAUUCAUUUGCUUGGUGUUUUUAAUACUUACCUUCUACACAGGUAAACCUGUUGAGCAUGCGCGCUUUAGUGAACAUGUGUUUCAGUAAAAAGAAAAAAAACCCGUAAAGAUAACUUAAUAAAAAUAAUUGUUGAUUCAAGAGAGUUUAAAGUUCAGUCUUAUUUCUUGGAUUGUCGUGUGGAUAGAGUAAGAGGAGAAAAAACAAAGUGUGAAUAAAGCUGUAAAAAUAUGAACAUUAAUAUGCUGUUAUAUAAUAAUCUUGGAUUUUUUCGCUAAGACAAACGUUCUAGUGAUAUUCGUUUUGAUACCUCGAUGCUCGACUCCUUGACACGUUUCAGAGUGAGGCCUAAUUGGCCGACAUGCUUUGCGUCCUGUAAUGCAGGGUGACAGCGAGAGGUCACGGAAAGGCCGGCUCACUAACCCGGAUGAUCUGCGGGAGAGACCAUGGAGAUCAAAACACAGCACAGAUUGUGGACCUGGGCUUUACGCUGCACAGACGGCGCAGGAACAGGCUUCUUAAAUCGUGCAAGUGUCCAUUUUCCCAAGACAUCGAGAAUCAGACCGUACAUGAGGCAAAGCAGUCUAGUAAUUAACAUAAACAGACAGCGACGAUGAAUUUAACACGGUGAUACACACGUGCAUCAUGUUAUCUUGACAUAUAUGUGUUUGGACAACAGCUAUAUAGUUUGUAAGUUAGAUGUGUGUGUGUGUGCGCGCGCGCGCGCAACUGAAUCCUAAUUUCAUGUUCGGCAACCCUUCAGCUACAAAAAAGCUUUUUAACUAU